CGGGCUCCAACAUGGCAGAGCAGCCUCUCCUCUCCUCCCCUCAGCCUCUCCUCAGCCUCUGCCUCUGCAGUCGCGAGUAGAGGACUCCUCCUCAUCAUCUUCAUCACCAGACUGAUCAGACUGACUGACGGCUGUCAGACAACAGGCUUCAAGACAUGAUCACCAGCAGCAAUCUUUAUGGCCUAAAGAUGCAGUGGACCCCCGAGCACUCCCAGUGGGCAGAGCAGCACUUUGACAUCUCCUCCACCACGCGCUCCCCAGCCCACAAAGUGGAGGCUUACCGGGGGCCCUUCCAGCGCGCGUACCAGUACGCCUGGGCGAACGACGACAUCUCCGCCCUCACCGCCUCCAACCUGCUGAAGAAGUACGCCGAGAAGUACUCGGGGAUCCUGGAGGGCCCGGCCGAGAGGGGCCUGCUGUGCUCGUACUCAGAGAGCGUGAGCGGGAGCAGGUCAGACGAGUCGUGGCAGGAGGCCAUGUACCCCGUGACCUGUGCUCCAGACGGGGUCACUGUGAGCAAAGCUGGAAUGACAGCCGCCCCCCCCCCGACGGACGAGUGCUCCCCGGGGGGGGGCGGCCCUCCGUCCGAGGCCGGCUACUCCAGCGCCCCCUGCGGGGGGCUCCCCUCCCAGGAGUACUCCGCCGGCUACAGCGGGGGAUCCUACCUGCACUACGGCGGGGGGAGCCCGCCGUCCCCCUCCCCGCUGCCCCCCCCCUCCGCCCUGGGGCCCGGCUACUGCGCCGGCUCUCCCCUCUCCGCCUACAGCUAUCCCCCGGUGGGGUACCCCCAGGCCCCCGGCCCCGGCUACAGCCCCGGGGGGGCCUCUGCUUAUCUGCCGUCCGGCAUCGCGGCCCCCACCCCGCUGCCCCCCUCCAGCCUGCCCGGCUACACCUACCCGUCCCAUAACCACUCGCCGGUCGCCCCCACACCUCUGAGCGGGGGCGCGGCCAGCUCCUUAAAGAGGAAGGCGUUCUACAUGAGCGGGCCGGGAGACGUGGACCCCGGCUACGGCCACUGCCCCUUCAGCCAGCAGCGCUGCGCCCAGAGCCCCCUGUUCAGGACGGCAGACAGCAGCGCCUCCGCCUCCGCCCGGCCCGGCGGCUUUGAGAGGGGCGCCGAGGCGUCCUCCCUGGCCUUCAAGCCUUCCAAGCAGCCCAUCGGCGCCGAGCAGCAGCGGGAGUUCCCCCUCCCCUCCGGCCGGGGGUCCUCCCCGCCCUACGGGGCGACCGAAGGCCCCGCCGGCGAGCUCACACCGGAAGAAUCCUACGGAAAGUUUGGAGCGGCGGCGCUGAGCGAGCAGAGCGAGGAGCGCCGGCCGCCCCCGUCCCACGCCUCCCGCCACGCGGCCGCCGAGCAGCUGAAGUGCAGCGACGCCGGGCUGGUCGCCGUGGUGACCAGCGAGGUGCUGCAGCAGGGCCCCGGGGUGGACUGGGGCGACGUCGCGGGUCUGGACACGGCCAAGGCCGCCAUCAAGGACCAGGUCCUGUGGCCCGCUCUGCGGCCGGACCUGUUCAGCGGCCGGUCCCCGUUACCCCGCAGCCUGCUCCUGUUCGGGCCCCGGGGCACGGGCCGGAGCCUGCUGGCCCGCUGCAUGGCCCAGCAGCUGGGGGCCGUCUUCCUGCGGCUCAACGGCGCCGCCCUGGUGACCAAGUGGCUGGGCGAGGGGGACCAGAUCCUGCAGGCGUCCUUCCUGGUGGCGCGCUGUCGCCAGCCGGCGGUGGUCUUCAUCAGCGAGGUGGACCUGCUGCUCUGCGGCCCGCGGCCCGACGACGGCUCCCCGGGCCGGCUGCAGAGCGAGCUCCUCCUGCAGCUGGACGGCGUCCUGAGCUCGCCAGCGGACCGCGUCCUGGUGGUCUGCUCCUCCAACAAGCCGGAGCAGAUCCCAGAGUCCCUGAGGAGGUACUUCACCAGGCGCCUCCUCGUCCCGCUGCCCGACAGCGCAGCACGCCACCAGAUCAUCGGCCAGCUGCUGGCGCCCCACGGCUACUGCCUCAGCGAGGAGGAGCGGGCGCUGCUGGUCCAGAGGACCGAGGGCUUCUCGGGGCAGGACGUGGCCCAGCUGGGGCAGGAGGCCGUGCUGGGCUGUCUGCACGGCCUGCCGGCCUCCGACGCCUCCACGCUGCACCCCGGCCAGAUGAGGCCCGUUUCCUACCAAGACUUCGACAAUGUAUUUUGUAAAUUCCAACCGAGCGUAUCACAAAAAGACCUGGACAAGUACACCGAGUGGAACAAAGCGUUUGGCUGCAGUCAAUGAAACACCAGGAGACUAACAUGGCACAAUUUGUGUCGAUCGCUCCUAAAAUGACGGUUAGUGUUUUUUUGUUUGUGGAUUGUCAUUGAGAUAAGAAAAUUAUGAAUUUAUGACUCUGAAAGAAUCUUGUCUAAAAAAUCAGAGAGAAGGGCGUGUACUGGCACUGAGAUGAGCAUGACAGAUUCAAUUCUAUUAAGGUCAUGUUUU